AUGGAUAAUCGGUUGAAGCUAAAAGUCUCUAAAAUGUUCCAUUCAUGCCGUUCCAAGGACAACUUCGAUGUAUCCGAUCAACCUUUUUUCUUCCCGCCGGAAAAUUACCAUCACCGGCAACUCAUCCAUCUCUUCUCCCCAAAACCUCACUCAUUCAUCCAUAACCAAAAAAAUGAACCAAAAUCCCAUCUUCUCCGGCCAAAAACCUUCAACACAACCACCUCAUUUCCGGCAAAUACCGUCUGCCGGAGACCGGAAAAAACUACAAAAAAGAAACCCCAUUACAGGAAACCAAGAAAGAUUCAAGAUUUCUCAUCAUUCACAGACAAUUACUACUACGAUUGGCGUAGCAGCGAUGAAGAAGAUGAAAGUGAUGAUGGAACCACUCUGUUUUCAUCCCGUUCACUGUCGUCUGAGUCAUCAGGGACUUUUCUCAGAAACAGAGCACACCGGAAGUCCCAGAAGAAACCAAAGAGAAUCAGUGGUGGCCACGGCUGUGCCUGUGGGUGCAAGAAUCUAGAGACUACCAAUGUCACGCCAUUGGAGAGCAGUGGGAAGCUUGUGAAAGAUAGUUUUGCAGUGGUAAAGAAAUCGAGCAAUCCACAUGAAGAUUUCAGGGUAUCGAUGGUCGAAAUGAUCGUGGAGAAACAGAUUUUCGGAGAAGAAGAUCUACAAAACUUGUUGCAAUGUUUUAUUUCGUUGAAUUCAGAAGAACACCAUAGGGUGAUCUUUGAGGUUUUCACUGAGAUUUGGGAGGCUCUGUUUUCAGCUUCGGUUUAAUCAAGCACAAAUGUUAUCUUUUGCUUUAA